AGCCUGCCUGCUGUCUUCAGCCUUCCCCGUCCUUCUGCCUUCACCAUCAGUGGCCUGACCAUUUUCAGCAUCAGCCUGUGCAACAGCAUAUAGCCAGGAUAAGGUAAGCAGUUUGCUUAUUUUUAUUGUUGUUAGUUCUCAGCGUGGGUAACUGUUUUGCAAAUAUUUCAUAAAUAUUUAAUUUAAAAACAACAACAACAAAAUAAUCAGAAGAUCCAGAAGAGAUGAACCGAAUUUCUUCCCAAGUGUUCUUACAAGUUGAUCUUUGCAUUACCAGCAUAACUUUUCUCAGAAGGAUCCAAAUCAGGAACCUAAUUUUGUUGUGCUACAUGAAUAUUUUUGAAGCAAAUUAGUUCUUUCUAGAAAAAAAAGGCUGCCUUUUCUUCCUGGGGAUUGUUUGAAAGCCCACUAAGUCUUUUCCAAGACACAAUGUACACCUACAUUAUGUGAAACAAACUAAUGCAGAAAUAGCUGAGAGAGCACUGAAGGAAUGUGUCAUGUCUGCAUAGUUUAACCAAAACCCGUAUUUCCCCCAAAAGAUGCGCUGGAAAAUAUUUUCAGCAACCCCAACUGUAAAUGUCCUGACUGUUUUUUCUUUGUCAGAACAUCUGUUUCAGUGAGUUGCCCCCUUGUGUUUUCAGCAUAUCUGCUAAAUUGUGCUAGGACUGAGCAAUUUUGCAUUGCUCCAGGUUUUUAAUCCUUUCUGCCCUCUACUUCAUAGACACCUCUUUAUCUGCUACUUUUGGAGAUCCCAUGAAAGUACACAAGCUACAGGAAGCAACAGUCACAAGGGAAUUCUACCACAGCCUGCUGGUUCUGGGCAGUCAAGAUCACUGUCAGUCCAAGAAGCUAUUUCUAAAAUUGAAUUCCCUAUUGCCAUAACACACUCCUAAGCUUUUAUGCAAGGUUAUUUUUUUUCUGAGUUGCACUUGAGCCAGACUGCAUGGUUUUUCACUGGGAUAGUAAAUGUCUCCUUGUCUCCCUGUUGUCCAACAGCUGCCUCCUUGCUCUAAAAGUUGGAGCUACAAGUUAUUCUCAGACAGUUGUAUGUGUUUUGUCUCGUUGAAAUGAACUAAUUUUAAACUUCUGAGAAUAUCAGACUGGGAGAAAUAUCCAAUGUGGAAAAUGUCAAAGUGAAUAAAGGUUUUUUUUCCUUAAGGUAAAAGCAGAUGAAAAUAAGGAUAAUAUAAAGUGCAAGUCAGCUUUCCCCUGCCAGUUAUUCCUCUUACAAAUGGAAAAAUGUUAAUUGUUCAAACAGCUUACCAUCAAACUUGUAGCUGUUUAAUCGUUAAGAAGAGAUGAACACUUUUAUGUAAUGCUAUAUACAAAGGUAUGCAGGAGGUUGAACAGUUACUGAAUCAGUCAAGCAUGCUUUUCACUGUCAAAGUGGGUGCACUAAUUUUGCUGUUUUUCUUGCUCCGGAGCCAGGACUGUUAAACUUCAUCUGUAUCCCAUAGUCUUGAGGAGGAGAAUGAGAUUUGAUUUGUAAUCUGGGUUUCUGUUCUUGCUCUGGGCCAGCCAGACCAUUCAAGUUACCAAAAAGCUAUGCUGCUCUGAUAGCUGACUGGCCCGUGGUGGUCCUGGGCAUGUGUACUGUGUUAAUAGUGGUGUGUGCACUGGUUGGAAUAUUAGUUCCAGAUCUCCCAGAUUUCUCUGAUCCAUUGCUGGGUUUUGAACCAAGAGGGACGGCAAUAGGACAGAGAUUGGUUACAUGGAACAAUAUGGUGAAAAACACAGGGUACAAAGCAACGCUAGCGAAUUAUCCUUUUAAAUAUGCUGAUGAGCAAGCUAAAAGUCAUCAAGAUGACAGAUGGUCAGAUGAUCACUAUGAAAGAGAGAAGAGGCAAGCAGAAUGGAACUUUCACAAGGAUACCUUUUUUUGUGAUAUUCCAAGUGAUCGCUAUUCACGAGUGGUGUUUACAUCAACAGAAGGAGAGAAUUUAUGGAAUUUGAAUGCAAUUAAGUCAAUGUGCAAUGUAGAUAACCUAAGGAUCAGAUCCCAUUCCCAAUUCGGUGAUCUCUGCCAGAGAGCCACUGCUGCUUCUUGCUGUCCCAGCUGGACACUGGGCAACUAUAUUGCCAUCCUAAACAACAGGUCGUCAUGUCAAAAAAUUGUAGAACGAGACGUCUCUCACACCCUAAAGCUGCUUCGCACGUGUGCCAAAUACUAUUACAAUGGAACCCUGGGGCCGGACUGCUGGGAUAUGAAUGCCAAAAGGAAGGACCAACUCAAGUGUACAAAUGUGCCUCGCAAAUGUACCAAGUACAAUGCUGUUUACCAGAUCCUACACUAUCUAGUGGACAAGGAUUUUCUAAGCCCAAAGACAGCUGACUACGUCUUACCAGCUUUAAAAUAUAGCAUGCUCUUCUCUCCAACUGAGAAGGGAGAAAGCAUGAUGAGUAUUUACCUUGAUAACUUUGAGAACUGGAACUCUUCUGAUGGUGUGACAACCGUCACAGGGAUUGAGUUUGGAAUAAAACAUAGUUUGUUUCAAGAUUACCUGUUGAUGGAUACUGUGUAUCCUGCCAUAGCCAUUGUAAUUGUUCUAUUAGUUAUGUGUGUGUACACGAAGUCCAUGUUUAUCACGCUGAUGACUAUGUUUGCAAUAAUUAGUUCCUUGAUCGUUUCUUAUUUUCUGUAUCGAGUAGUAUUUAAUUUUGAGUUCUUUCCAUUCAUGAAUCUCACUGCAUUGAUUAUUCUUGUUGGGAUCGGAGCAGAUGAUGCUUUUGUCUUAUGUGACGUUUGGAACUACACUAAAUUUGAUAAACCUCACGCUGGAACUUCUGAGACAGUGAGCAUCACGUUGCAGCAUGCUGCUCUUUCCAUGUUUGUCACCAGUUUUACCACCGCUGCUGCCUUCUAUGCUAACUAUGUCAGCAAUAUCACAGCGAUCAGAUGUUUUGGUGUCUAUGCUGGUACUGCCAUCUUGGUGAAUUAUGUUUUGAUGGUCACUUGGCUACCUGCAGUAGUUGUGUUACACGAACGUUAUCUUCUCAAUAUUUUCAGUUGCUUUAAAAAACCUCAGCAGAGGGUAUACAACAACAAAAACUGCUGGACAGUGUUGUGCCAAAUGUUCCACAAGGUUAUUUUUGCAGUCUCAGAAGCAUCCAGGAUAUUUUUUGAAAAAGUUUUGCCAUGCAUUGUUAUCAAAUUUCGUUAUAUUUGGCUUUUCUGGUUCCUUGCCUUAACAGUUGGUGGAGCAUAUAUUGUUUGCGUAAAUCCAAAGAUGAAAUUGCCAUCAUUGGAGCUCUCUGAGUUUCAGGUAUUUAGGUCUUCUCACCCCUUCGAACGAUACGAUGCAGAAUACAAAAAGCUUUUCAUGUUUGAACGUGUCCACCACGGAGAGGAGCUCCACAUGCCAAUUACGGUAAUCUGGGGUGUCAUGCCUGAGGAUAAUGGUGACCCUUUAAAUCCUAAAAGUAAGGGGAAGCUGCAACUAGAUAGCAGUUUUAAUAUUGCUAGCCCGGCUUCACAGGUUUGGAUUUUACGCUUCUGUCAGAAGCUGAGAAAUCAAACAUUCUUUUAUCAGACUGAAGAACAAGACUUCACAAGCUGCUUUAUUGAAACAUUUAAGCAGUGGAUGGAAAAUCAGGACUGUGAUGAGCCGUCUCUUUACCCCUGCUGCAGCCACUGGAGCUUUCCGUACAAACAAGAAGUCUUUGAGUUAUGUAUCAAGAGAGCUAUAAUGGAGCUAGAAAGAAGCACAGGGUACCAUUUGGAUAGCAAAACUCCAGGGCCUCGCUUUGACCUGAAUGACACUAUCAGGGCAGUGGUGCUGGAGUUCCAAAGCACCUACCUCUUCACACUGGCUUAUGAGAAAAUGCAUCAGUUCUACAAGGAGGUGGACUCAUGGAUUUCAAGUGAGCUUAGUUCAGCUCCUGAAGGCCUUAGCAAUGGUUGGUUUGUGAGUAAUUUAGAAUUUUAUGAUCUACAGGACAGUCUUUCUGAUGGAACUCUAAUUGCCAUGGGUCUUUCGGUUGCUGUUGCCUUUAGUGUAAUGCUUCUUACAACUUGGAACAUUAUUAUAAGCCUUUAUGCAAUAGUUUCAAUCGCUGGAACUAUUUUUGUCACUGUAGGUUCCCUGGUUCUUCUUGGCUGGGAGCUAAAUGUGCUAGAAUCUGUCACUAUUUCUGUGGCUGUCGGCUUGUCUGUAGACUUUGCUGUUCAUUACGGAGUAGCUUAUCGCUUAGCCCCCGACCCUGACCGAGAGGGAAAAGUGAUUUUUUCUCUAAGCCGAAUGGGUUCUGCUAUUGCGAUGGCUGCGUUGACAACGUUUGUAGCUGGAGCAAUGAUGAUGCCUUCUACAGUGUUGGCGUACACGCAGCUCGGCACUUUCAUGAUGCUAAUAAUGUGCAUUAGUUGGGCUUUUGCAACAUUCUUCUUCCAGUGCAUGUGCCGAUGCCUUGGACCCCAGGGCACUUGUGGCCAGAUCCCGCUACCAAAAAAACUGCGGUGUAAUGCCUUCUCUCAGACCUUUUCAGGAGCCCAGGGGGGCAGAGGUCAAAAUAAAUCACAUCCCAUUAGCAAAUACCAGCUGGACUCCAGAGGUCAAAAGCCAGAAAUGGAGCAUGAGCACUACGAGCUGGAGCCGCUGGCAUCACAAGCAGGUAUCUGUAACCCUGCAGAGAAAGUGACCUAUGAAGAAACUCACAUCUGCUCAGAACUCUUCAGCAGCAGGUCCCAGAACACGUGUAUGCCUAUGCAUUCAGUGUAUAAUAGUGAAGUGAGCAAAAGCAUUAAAAACGUUGCUAGUUCAGCUGUGCUGCAGUCGUCUAUUGACCAACGUGCUCUGUGCCCACUCUUCUCUCAGAACAGGCAGUGCAGCUGCCCAGAUCCGUAUAAGCAGGUAACGGUAAAGUGGAGCCCACACUCAUGUCAACAGCUAAGUGAUCCCUUCUGUUACCAGUGUUCUCCUUCGCCUGGGGCCGUGCAGAUCCAAAGCUCUGUGACUCCCAUAAAUACUUUACAACAAACUACUGAAGGUUAUGUGCAUCCUGUCCAGCAUGUCCUCCACUGCAGCUGCCUUCAGGGAAGGCUCAAAAGAACGAUGACACAGAACUCGCUGCCGAAAAAUUUUUUCCUCCAGUCAGUACAACAGCUUCAGGCACAUCAGAGAGUAAACAGGACAGAUUCACACGCUCACCAAAACCCAGAGGAAAACAUCAGAACUGUUCCAAAGGUGAUGAGCUCCUCCCAAUUUCUGUGCCGAAAUGCAGGGCCUCUAAUCGUGCAUUGCUCUGAAUGUGAGAACAGCGUACCUAACAACCAAAAGGGACUCUGUCAGAAGGCAGACAAGUGUGAUGAAAAGGGCGGCACAGAAGCCAAUGGGGUUGAAAGCAAGAAAGCCUCUAUGUCAAAGCAGAAAAAGAAAGCCGAGAGCAAGAUAGAUCAGUGUUCUUUGCAGAAUGACCAGGUUUUGAAGGGUGACCAAGCUGCUAAAAAACACCUGCUGAAUAGGUCAGCAGGAGAGGCUCACUGUGAGGGUUGCCAUGAAAACUCACACUGUUGUAGCACGGCUGUAGUAGUGAAGUGCAAUUCUGUUGACUGUCAAAUGCCAAACAUCGAAGCCAAUGUGCCUCCUAUGUUAAUGCGCCCAGAACUUUCCAAUGAAAGUUUGUUAAUAAAAACGCUAUAAUAAAUCUUUAA